CCCUUUUGUCCCCUUUCCGCCGCAUUCUCUGCUGACUUUUGUCUUUCGAUAUCUUCACAAACUUUUCCACAAAAAUGAUCAAGUGCGAGUGCUGUGGAUUCGAGUGCGACUGUAUGGAUCUCUACUACGACCAUAUCAUGUUCGACAACCGCCACCACCUGCUGGCGCAGAACGAGCUGUACAAUACAAAGAAGAAGCGCAGCACCAGCAGCGUGCAGGCCGAGAACGCCAUCAGCGCCAGCCACAGCUACCUGAACGCCGAGGUCUACUAG